GGAAAAGAAGAUAAGUAAGGAAGUCUGGAAGUUUGGAAAGGGUAGGGAGUAACAAACGGAAAAUAGACUUCAGGCUGGGGGUUAAAGAGCAGAAAGUUAUUUAGUCAGUCUGAAUACCAAUAAGCAGCUGAGUAUUCAUUUAUCGAGCUGAUUUUGCUCAGUGGGCGCAGGCUUGCGUUUAAAACGAAUCGGUAGGAAGACUGAGUAAAAUGUGUCCCGUUUUUAAGCUGCAGUCAAAUGUCGUGACCGUAACACUUUUCGAUCAUCUUUUCUGUUUACCUUGUUGGAUUGAGAUUUUCAGUCGUUGAGUUAUGCUUUCAAGAAAGAAAAGUAAAAGUGAGGUGUCGAAACCAGCUGAGAUACAUGGAAAAUAUGUUAAAAAGGAGACAUCUCCGCUCCUGAGAAAUUUGAUGCCCUCAUUUAUUCGCCAUGGCCCCACAAUUCCCAGACGUACGGAAGUUCCUUUAACAGAGCCUACGCCUCCGGCAUACCCAGUUGGUCCAGCUGAAACUGUGGUCACUCGGAAUGAGAGUAUUUUGCGCAGCCCUGUACAGCGACCAACUCAUGUUGCACAUUGUGAGAGCAAGCGAAUAUCUGCGCCACCAUAUAUCCCUCACGGCGUUGGGGAUGUGCCAUGUGAGUUUGGGGGCCCAUCCCAGUCUUUCCUCAGUGAGGUGAAUGCUUUGGCGGAAAAUGGAGAUGUUUGCUCUGCUGGCCAUUAUUGCUACCGCCAGGACCCUUUCUUUAAUGGGCAGCAGCAACGACGCAGGAGGCAGAUGCCAGAUCGCUUUCAUGAGGAUUAUAGAUGCCAUGAACAUAGUGAGCACACAUUCCAAAGAGUGGCGACGACUUCUCAUGCCCAGAACAGACAUCCUGUGGGAAUCGGGCAUAUUCAGGCUAAAUCUCUGGGAAAUUUAGCAAGUCCAAGUGGGGAGGACCUCCCACUUCCAGCUGGCUGGACUGUCGAUUGGACCAUUCGAGGCAGGAAGUAUUAUAUUGACCACAACACCAAUACAACACACUGGAGCCACCCACUGGAGAGAGAAGGAUUGCCGCCUGGAUGGGAAAAAGUAGAGUCUGCUGAGUUUGGAGUCUAUUACGUGGAUCAUAUAAAUAAGAGGGCACAGUAUCGUCAUCCCUGUGCCCCAAGUGUUCCUCGCUAUGACCAGCCACCACCACUUCCACCUCCAGUGACCUACCAGCCUCGUCUCAUGGACCGGAACCAACUAGUUCUUGUACCUGCCAAUCCGUAUCAUACAGCUGAAAUCCCAGAUUGGUUGCAGGUGUAUGCCAGAGCCCCUCUCAAGUAUGACCAUAUUCUUAAGUGGGAGCUGUUCCAGCUUGUGGAUCUAGACACAUACCAAGGUAUGUUGAAGCUACUGUUUAUGAAAGAACUGGAGCGCAUUGUCAAGUCCUAUGAAGCCUACCGACAAGCUUUGCUCUCAGAGGUGGAUACAAGAAAGCAGCGACAACAAUGGUAUGCACAGCAACACAGCAAGAACUUCACCAGCAACAAAUGACUAUAGGCGUUUCUGCUUUCGGAACAAGUAUGCCAUCUUUCCUCUGGGUCAUCUUGUGGGUUUGAAUUGCAUCAAAAGUGGUUUGGUUUUUGCUGCACCCAACUUAAGAGCCAAGUUUAUUCAGUUGUGUGUUAAUGUAUAAAUGUAUAGGCUUAGAAUAGAAAAUUAUGUGCAUGUGGAAGCUGAAUGAAGACUUGUGCCUUAUGUAUAAUUACUCUAUAAAUCUGGUACAAGAACAUUCUUGUUAGUGUUCGCGGUAGUCAAAUUUAUACAUCUGUGGAGAUUGAUAUAAUUUAUAGCUUAAAUGCUUUUUUAAGUGUGUGUUUUCUCUUGAGUUUUGUAAGUUAGGCCAAGUUAUCGUUGACUUUUCUCAGGCCUACUCCCAUACACAAAUAUAUAUAUAUACUAUAUUUAUGAUGUCUCAUCUGAACAAACUGCAACACAUUUUGGCAUAUUGUUUGGCUCUUGGUGCUGUGCAAUUGUCUAAUAUGGAUUUCUUAUAAAAUAUUGGAGAUUUGUAAUGUAUUUUAGCCUUUGUACACUGCAGUAUAGUUUCUUUGUACAUGCAUACAUAUAAUUUAUCUGAAUUUGGUUUGAUCAUCUGUGUACUUUCACAUUAAUUUCACUUAAAGUAUCUGGUAGGUUUUGUAAGGUGAUAAUCUUAAUUAGUUAUUAAUGAUACUUUGCCUUGUGUUCAGUCACUACUAUUUUUUAAAAUCUACAACAGGGUUAAUGGAUGUUUCCAUGUACUAUGUUACACACCAUAUAAUGUCAAGAGGACUGAAUGCUUCCACACUAUAUGCAGUUUUCAUACUAUGGGGAGAUGGAAAGAAGCAUUCAGAAUCAUCUCAAUUCAAGUUAGAUAAUCUAAAUUUUUUAAUUCUCCACCUAAAUAUUUUUCAGCUCAUUUAAAUGUGUUGACUAAGAUCAGUUAUCUAUUGGUAUGUAUUUCUAUUCUUACAAUACAACUGUAGUUAAUGGACGUAGGCAAAUUUUAUCAGAUCAUGUCUUAUACACACUUAAUAAUGGUGGGUGAAAACUAUAAAAAUGUAAAAUUCACUGUAGCAUGCAUGAAUCAGCACAUCAACUAAUGUUCAGUAUUCUUUCACUUCCAAAGGAUAUUGCCUUGUACAUUGGGCAAGAACUAUGCACAACUGCAGUGAAUUUGUGGCUACAGGCACUUUUGCAUGGCAUUAGGCACCGUACUUUGGGUACUUUUACGAAAAGUAGGGUACUUCAAGGUAUUGGUUUUCUACUGGCCUGAAAACUGGUAACGGCACCGAAUGACAUCACAAUGUAAGGUGGGGUAUUUUGUGCUGAACCCUAAAAAUGCCUGUAGUGUAUUAUACGACUGGAUGAUGUGUGAUAUUAGCAUUGCAAGUUAUGCACAUGUAGUUCUCGCGUCUCAUCGUGAGACAGUGGAGCUGUCAUACCAAAUCUCUGUAAAGUUUCCAGCGUGCCCGUAGCACUACAGCAAUAAAAUACGAUUGCAAGUAUUUAAAAAAAAAAUGUUUUUUUAUUAUUAUUACUAUUAUUAUUAUUAUUAAGAGAUCACUUUCGUUAUAGUAUGACCAACGGGUGCUUAGAUUUUUUAUGUAAAUUCACCUGGAUAUGAAAAUGCUUCACUGAUUAUAACCGCAAAUUUGUCUAAGAAUGAAAUAUACAUUAAUAAUCUAAUAAAACAUGCAGGUUAUACUAUCAAGCUAAAGGCAAAUGAUUUUUCAAUAGUAAUAAGAAGUAAUUUGUAAAUGCUGCAGCAGUAUGGGUGAAGUACAAAACGUCGUUAUUGAGCGGAAUAUAUGUUAAUAAUCUAAUAAAACAUGUCGGUUGUACUAUAAAACUAAACACAGACCAUCUCUUAAUUAAUGAAAACACUUAAAAAAACAUUUGUAAUCAUUUUAUUGCUGCAAACUCUCACUGCAGCGGUAAGAGUGAACUUGAAAUGAGGAGGAUACCUUAACUUACGGGGGUACCUUGAAACUGUAUCAUCAUGAUUGCCUCCUCGGCCUAAUAGCUGAGCAAUAGAUCACAGAGGGAAGGAAUUUGGAUGGGGGAAGAGGUUUGGCAUGCCAGCUCUUAUUGGCAAUUAAUGCACAAACACUCAAUAAAAGGCACAGUUGGUGAUAUAGUGCAACACGGCUUAAACAUUGAAGUGUGUAAUGAAACGUAACUGAAUCGCAAAAUUUUGUAACACGAAAUUUUACAAUACCCCUCUGUCAAUGCAUCCAUUAUUAUUACUACUUCUUUCUAUUUGUCAUUGUUUUCUGAGUUCACAGCAUUUUUUCAAGAUGGCAGUUGUAUUGAUUCAGAUGUAGGCUAUUUGCAUAACCAAUCGACAAGAAAGCAUUUCAAAUCCCACCCCAAAGUAUCAAAAAGUACCCCAGCUGGUUUAGCACUUUAGGUACUAGAACAUUUGGUGCUGGUACUCACCUGGAAGUCAAUGGAAAAGUACCAAAAGUACAAUACUUGGUGCAGUGGAAAAGCACCCUAACAAAAUUCUGCUUCUGCUAUAGCUCAUUUUAGCUAAAGCUGAAUUUAUACAGUGCAGUGCAGUGAGUGUUUUUUGCUGAUUAAAGCUGAUCUGGUUUAACUAUUAGUAAUACACAAAUGGUCUUUCUGUGUGUAGUGAAAAAUAUUAAGGUUUUGUGUUUUAAAUCAAUUUCCAAAAGACACACACAAAACUCUGCAAGGCCAUUCUUUUGAAGUAGUACACUGCUGGUCAUAAAUCAGCCAAUUCUCUAAUUUCAUUAUACGUGCUUAUGCUCACUUAUUUGCCAAUGAUACCAUUAUUAUAAAUUCAAAUAUUUGUUUACACCAUUACCUUAUUUUAUUUCAGUGCCUUGUGAGAAUUAAUCAGUUCUUUUGAAAUCUAAUUCUUCAAUUAACAAACAUGCUUACUAUAUUGUAUAGCUGAUACUAUAUGUAGGAUAAGUUUAGAGGAAAUUAAUCUUUAGCCGCUGUAUAAACUGCAACAAUCCACUUCCUAACUGCAGUAUUAUCUCCUAAUGAGAGUCAGAAAUUCACUGUGCUUUAUGGGUACAACAUAGGUAAUAAUAAUGCUUUUUGGAGCAUUCUGCCAGUGGUUUUCAGAAAGCUAAUUAUGCAUCUGUCAUUACUGUGGGCAUUUCAUUUACCACACAUUGCAAUCAAAUUGGACGACUUUCCAGUAACAAAAAAAAAAACACAACUUUCAGAUGUUUUCCCAGUUCAAAUGUAUCUUUUUUGCAUAUUAGAUUAUUAGGUCAAGUUCUCAAAAUUUGUACAUAUUCAUGUUAUUAGAUAGAUUACCAAAACGAAGUGUAAACAAAUGAAACCAUUCACAAACUUCACAUUUUUAUAACAUACAAGCAUUCUUAAAGCAUGAGCCAUCAGGUUACAACUGGAAGCUACUUAAGGACACAGUGUUCAGCAUGCAGUGGUUGAGGGAGAAAGUGCCUUCACAUGAACACCUGGUAUGUAAAAGGAAUUGUACUGGACCUUCCUAGUAAAGGAAUCUCCCAAAACAUGCAUUCUCCUCUAGCUUUUAUUAAAGAACAAAACAGUUUUAACUUAAUGUUUAGUGUAGGUGACUGAAGAAAUCCAAUCCUGGUUUUAUCAGUUUAAAUGUAAUACUGAGUCACUCACUUUUAUAGAUAACAGGGUUAGUCCACUUGAAAAGACAUUAUUCACCAAAGAUGUAUUGCGUGUCCAUUUGUCAUGUUAAAAUGAAAUUGCACUUUGAAAUUGUUGGGUUUUUUCACUCAGAUCCAGUUUUCAGGGUUCAAAGAAAAUGUCUGGACAAAUACAUGUCCAAUACGUGUGUAUUCAAUAUAUUUCAUAUUGGAUGCAAUAUUAAGCAGUUUUAUAUAAAUUCUCACAUUUUUUUUCUCAUUUAAUUACAUUAAACAUUACAUUCAGCAUAAGCAAAAGCUAUUGUUAUAGGCUCACAUUUACACAUUUUCAGAAUGAUAUCUUAAAAUCUUUGCUUAGGGCUUGAUUCUCCCAUGCACAUAAGUCAAAAAAACACGUAGCUCCACUCUUUUUUCAAUUAAGCGUGUUCUCCCAUCCAUUUAAGUGUGAGGUUUAAGUGCACUUAGGCUAGAUAUGCAUUUUGGGCAGAGAAACACCAAAAUAUGGGUGUCACAUAUAAAUCACUCUGGAGGUCUGCAUUUAAUCAUGUGCCUCCACUUGGCCAAAUGCAAUAUUGCAGUGUUCAGAAAGCUGAACAUGUAUCAAAAAGAAACUUUUUACAUACAAUUAGAAAUAAAUGUUACAAUCCAUAAUGCAUGUAUAUAAUUAAAUUAAGAAUCAUAUAACACAAUGGUAAAAAGAAAAUAUAUUACUAUAAGGCUGUCUGUCUUGCCAACACGUCUAGUAGGCGAAUCAAAUAGGGUGAAAGAUGUGGAUUAAUAAUUAUUGUUUGAUUAAAAUGAGCAAAAAAACAGGUUCCACAGAAGUGGUUGAAGACCUCAAUCCAAGGUCACACCGAAUGUACUUGCACUCCUGCAAGAAUGGGACGGUUGGAGAAGGGUACAGACAGAUAACCAAGAAAAUUCCAAAGUCAUUUUGAUGUACUUCAACUAACCGUCAUUCAAUGUGUUGCAUGUUUCUGGGAGGAUCAUGAAACGUUCAAUUUAAUCCAAUUUGAGACAUGAUUUGUCACUGUAGCAUUUCAUUUUUUGGUGAUUCUCGUGUUUGUGAGAGUGACCAAAUACAGGCAUAGUAUUGCUACCACGAUGCUUGCAUUUUCAGAAUAAAUAAGUUUCUGCAGAUUUCAA